CCGGAAGUAAAUAAAAGCUCGCUAGCGACUGUGGCUGGAGGAGUGUGCCUGAUAACAGCGAUAAAAACCGAAACAAAUAGUCAUUAAUUUGUUUAUUAACGUGGCAUAUUCUCGGGAAUAUAUUUGACUCGUAUUUAUGUAUUUAUUUAUUUUUAAUUAAACCCAUAGCGGUGAAAGUCUCUUCACUAAUCACCGGUUAUUAGUUGUUGCUGUUGUUUUGCUUCCGUGUUUGUUUACUCUAUAACGCGUUAUUAUCGCUUUAUUAACAAACCGGUUGCCAUGGCAACGGCGGCGCUGGAUAAGAGCCUGUCUCGGAGCAGUAAUGUGUCCAAACUGGAGCGACUGAACUGCCGUGUGGUGAAGCUGCUGACUGCGGCGGUGCAGGAGGUGCUCGAGGCUGUGAGGGAAACGGUGUCUGAGUAUCAGGAGAAAACAGCUCGGACGCAGAGGGAGAACGAGCGACUGCGCCUGAAAUUACAGGACGCCCUGAAGAAACUGGAGAAGGAGCGAGAAGUGUCGAGACUCGCGUCCAUCUCCUUGUCCAUCAACCGCCAAUCCACUGAGCCUCAGCAGAUGCCCGAAGCUCAACAUGUCUCUUGUUUGAAACAGGAUUCGGUUGUUAAAGCAGAUGCAGAACCUGAGGCGGUGUGUGACCUGCAAGUUGCACUUACAUUACCUGAUACGAGUACGCCAAGAACCGAGCAGGUCAACACCUCGGAUUUGGACCGCACCGCUAAAGGAACGGAACGUGGCACUUGUGUUUCUGAUGCCUCAUCGUGCGUAGGCAUUAAAACCGAACCUGUUGCAUCCGAAUGUUCCCAACAACAACAACAACAACAACAGAUCCCUCAAGUUGUGGUUACCAUGGGUGAGGAUCAGAGAGACCAGACAAUCAGGCAGGACAUCAGCUCGAGUCUGUACGUCCAGUCGAACCUCAGCACACUCGGAAGGUGUGUCGGGAACAGUUGGAGCACGAUGUCUUCCCUGCAAGGACUCGAAAGACAGCAUCACAGUCCGCGAGACGAGGAGCACCACAUGUGUCAGGUUUGCGGGAAGACCUUCAGUCGUGUCGGGAACCUUCGGAUCCAUCAGAGGUGUCACACCGGGGAGAAACCGUAUCGCUGCCUGGUGUGCGGCCGCUGCUUUAGCCAAGCAGGAGACCUGAAGAAGCACAAAAGGGUCCACACCGGAGAGAAGCCCUACUGCUGCGUCCAGUGCGGCAAGAGCUUCAGCAGGGGCGAGAACCUCAAGCGGCAUCAGAAGAUCCACAUAGGAGACAGAUUACGCCGCCAGAAUUUGUGGAAAGAUUCUCAUGGAUUGGCCAUUUGACUUUACAGGGACAACAUCUGGAAUUCAGUAGUGGAGCUGACAUGAUGAUAUAAGAGCAUGAUGUACUUGCUGGAAGAACAUGGAGCACUAAACACAAGGUCUGGAGUAAGUGCUAGUCCUCGGGUGUGCACAAAGUCAUCCAUCAAGCAAGCAAUUUUUAAAAGUUGCAAAUUGCUGUGGUAUAAGAGGAAUAAAACACAUUUGGACAUGCUGUUAUAGAAAAAUAAUCAGCUGGGGUAGUAACGGUAACGUCGCUUCAUCACAUCACCCCAACGUUGAUUAUUUUCCUCAUGAGAUGCCAUUUUGUGGAAAAAAUUGGACCACAGUGUGCUCAUUUCCAACUGGGGGAAUGGAGCCUAUUUUUUACAGACAGGAAAAAUAUAACCAGAAACCGCAAAUGCAUAAAGUAGUGAGUUUUACUGUAUGACAAUAUCCCAUUUUUUUUGGGAGUUUUUUAAAAGGUCUUUUGAAAUUAUAUGAUUAUUAAUAACACUGUUAAAAAUUAAAAUCUGCACUUUUAACACGCGUUUUACAGCCACAGAUGGACAACAUGGACGUAUGGAUGAUCGUCUUAUCGAUGUUAAGCUGGAAAUGCUUGUGAGAUUUAUUUUGUUCUUAUUUUCAGAAAAUAAAGAGAGAAUAAAUGAUUGUAUGAAGACAGCUUAUGUACACGUAAUAGUGAUGAUUAUGGAUUUUUACUGAAUUAUCUGGACUUUGUUUUAAUAAAAGAAUUUUCCAAAUAAAUUAGUCAGAGCUGCAAAAAGUAUUUUUGAUCCUAGAUAAAUUUGGUUAUUACAUUUGUGAUUGCAUUUCCAUUCAAAAGCUUUUGAACAUCUAUAUUUUAGCAUUUUUCAUUAAACAAUCUAGGGGCAUUUUUUUUUAUGAGAGAAUUGAGAAAGCCCGGUGACUGAUCUAAUUGAAAAGGCAGAAAUCUUGAACACUACUUCAUUUCAUAACUAAUAGUGCCGAGUUCAUAAGAGUUCACCUUUAAUAGAGCUACAUCAAAAUUUUAGUGUACCGGGUGAUUAAAUACAAAAAAUGUGAUUGUUGGUGAUACAAUUAUUGAAUAAAAGUUCAAAUAAAACAUUUGACGGGUUUUUAAACUCUUUUAAUCGGCAGCAUAGGUAUCGGUUUAAAACCUGAUAUUGAAAGGUGAAAAGUGUACAGAAGUGUACCAGCUGAUGAGCUGAUGAUUUUCCU